AGACAAUGAUUGAGGCCUUCAUUUGACUGGCCUAUAUGAACUACUAUAUCAACUCAGAUUCAGAAUGCGCAAACACUAUAUUACUAUCACUGUUUCAGGUGAGUGGUGCCUAGCAUUGUUUUAUUACUAAUUAAUAUCUUCUGUAGAUGUGGGGAGAUCUCAGAAUCACAUUUCUUCUAAUAGCCGAGAAUUUCAAGCUGAAGGUGGAAAAUUAAAUGCUCUUGCUUCCCAUUUAUCAAUUGGUGUUCUACAAGAAAUUGCACGAAGGUGUGGUUUGAAGGUUGAGUUCAGACCUGUUACAAGUACCAGUAAGGAUUUGCAUUUUUCUGUUGAGGUUUUUUUCACUGGCGAGAAGAUAGGUGUUGGAAUGGGGAAGACAAGAAAGGAUGCUCAACAACAAGCAGCUGAGCAUGCUCUUCAUAGCUUAGCAGAAAAAUAUGUGGCGUAUAUCACAUCUCGUUCUGGAGCUGUGAAAAAAGACUUUGAUGAGGUUUCUCUUGGAAAUGAAAAUGGAUUUCUGUGGGACUUAGUAAAUCCCGGGGCCGGAUCGAAUGACGUGUCAAGAGAAGAUGGGUUGCCAAAAGAAAAGACUCCGGAGCCUGUCAAAACAGAACCUGGGAGCACUUCAUCUGCCUUGUUAAAUCAGCAAGCACAAAAGCGUGUCAAUUCACCGAGGUAAAUUUCAUCCCCACACCAAUCUGUCAUCUGAAUCACUCCACUUAGGUUGCCCCGAAGAAAAGGACCAUGGAAACUCGUUUUACCCCAACUCAUGCCCUACCUUCUAGAAACUCAGUUGGAUAUGCAAUUUUUUUCCUUCUACAUUGGUUAUUUUCUACUAUACCCAGAUUGCUGCAAUCUACUUCAAGCAAACGAUUAAAGGAUGAAUCUCUACAUGGAUCACAAAGUCUAUCGUCUUCUAGGCAACAGAAAAGUGGGCAUUCUGCUGUUUCAUGAAAAAGUCGUUGGAAUUGGAAGCUUUUGGAGUGAGGUUUUUUGAGAGCCCUAAUUUAAGCAUCUCAUAAAGGCAGCUGCUCGUGCCACCUAGCAGCAUUACAGUCAGCAAAUGUGAGGUGAAGAGCCUUCUCCAAUGGAAAUAUGGGCUAUCAUUUUUUUUUUUUCAUGUUGCAUUGUUGCCUUAUUUCCUGCCCACUGGUUUAGUUGACGUCCAGGCAGAGCUUGCCCUUUUGACCCUUGUACAGCAUCACCUCUAGCUUACACAUAAGUCUGACUGCCCGCAUUCGAAGAACCCAUGCUGAUGAUAAAUUCUACGUACAUAGGAAUAUGGCAAGAAAAGAAUCCCUUGUCCCUGCUAAUGGACACGCAGGAGCUUGUACCAGGGGAAUUUUACUGGAGUCUUAUGCCUGGACUGGUUCCCGUUUAAAAAAUAAAAUAAAAUUUAUAUA